AUGCCAAUCCCAAUGGACCCAAAAGAUUUUUUCUCUACUGAUUUUCUGGAAGGCUCUAUUUCGUCUCACAUUGAGAGGCAGCACAAUGCAUGCCCUUCUGUUAUUGUCAUCGGUGGUGGUAUAUCAGGGAUUGCAGCUGCACGUGUUCUCCAUGAUGCAUCUUUUAAGGUUAUCUUGCUGGAAUCACGAGACAGACUUGGUGGCCGGAUUCAUACUGACUACUCAUUUGGUUGUCCAGUAGAUAUGGGAGCAUCAUGGCUACAUGGUGUUUGCAAUGAGAAUCCCUUGGCUCCACUGAUACGCCGUCUAGGACUUACUUUAUACCGUACGAGUGGUGACGACUCUGUGUUGUAUGACCAUGAUUUGGAAAGCUAUGCACUUUUUGAUAUGGAUGGAAGCCAAGUUCCUCAAGAGAUGGUCAUUGAAGUUGGUAAUACUUUCAAGCAAAUUCUCAAAGAGACUGAGAAAGUACGGAAUGAGAAUACCGAUGACAUGUCUGUCUCUCAAGCAAUUUCUAUUGUGAUGGAUAGGCAUCCAGAAUUAAGACAAAACGGACUUGCUCACGAAGUGUUACAAUGGUACAUAUGUCGAAUGGAAGCAUGGUUUGCUGCAGAUGCAGAUGUGAUAUCGUUAAAAAACUGGGAUCAGGAGAAUGUUCUUUCUGGUGGCCAUGGACUUAUGGUGCAAGGCUAUGACCCAAUAAUAAAGGCUCUUGCAGAAGAUAUUGAUGUACGCUUGAAACACAGGGUUACAAAGAUAUUAAAUGGGCAUAACAAGAUGAUGGUCACAAUUGAAGACGGAAGAAACUUCAUUGCUGAUGCAGCUAUAAUAACAGUACCCCAUGGUAUUCUUAAAGCCAAGAUGAUUGAGUUCGAACCAAAGUUGCCUGAGUGGAAGGUUGAUGCAAUUUCGGAUCUUGGGGUGGGCAAUGAAAACAAAAUUGCCUUGCGAUUUGAAAAGGUUUUCUGGCCUAAUGUAGAGCUCUUAGGUGUGGUUGCACCAACCUCUUAUGCAUGUGGUUAUUUUCUCAAUCUUCACAAGACCACAGGCCAUCCGGUCCUUGUCUAUAUGGCUGCUGGAAGGUUUGCAUACGACCUUGAAAAAUUAACUGAUGAUGGUGCAGUUAGUUUUGUAAUGUUGCAGCUUAAGAAGAUGUUACCUGAUGCAACUGAUCCAGUUCAAUAUCUUGUAUCACGUUGGGGAACAGACCUGAAUUCUCUUGGAUGCUACUCAUUGGAUUUGGUUGGAAAGCCUGGAGAUAUAUAUGAUAGGCUUCGAGCACCUUUGGGCAGUCUUUUCUUUGGAGGGGAAGCUGUUAGCAUGGACCACCAAGGAUCUGUGCAUGGAGCUUACUCAGCUGGAGUUAUAGCUGCUGAGGACUGUCAGAGACAUCUUCUAAAUAAAUUUGGUAGACUGGAAAAGCUUCAGCAUGCUUACAUUACGGAUGAAGUCCUCGAAGCAACAGUUCCCCUGCAAAUCUCAAGGAUGUGA